CAUGUGCGAACUUUGGCAAACCGAAAGUAUUUGACUUGAUACUAGAGUUUUACCCUUCGCUUAGAGAAAACAGAACGGAAGGAAACCCGAAGUUGAGUCUACUGACCGAGUUCUAGAAAAUGAGUGUUUGUGUGGAGGAAGAGAACACAGCAGAGCCUUCAGGAUCCAGCUGUCUGGACAGGGACCAGUCCAAAGGUUCUGAACCUGGAGCCUCACAGACAACAGAUCAGAACCACAGAUGGACAGCAAAACCUCCAGGAUCCAGCUGUCCAUCUAUGAAGAGUGACUGGUCUAAAGACUUUGUUCCUCCAGACUUCAGUAAUGAACCUGGAUCCUUAGACACAAAAGAGAAGAGGAGUCGUGUUUCUGUGGAGGAGCCUUCCUGCUGUGCAGUGUGUCAGGAGGGUCUGAAGGAUCCAGUCUUCAGCAACUGUGGACACUGGUUCUGUAGACAGUGCAUCACCUCAUACUGGGACCAGUCUGGACCAUCCGGAGAUUCCUCCUGUCCCCAAUGUGGGAAACGACCCAGAACAAGAGCUGGACCACAGACCAGCAGCGUCCAAACAGAUGUUUCUCUGCAGGAGGCUUUAGAUGAACAUAAGCUCAGUCUGAGGAGCAGAUGUGAACGUGUGACUGAAGGAGGUGAAACAGGAAGUGGAGUCCUCCUCACCAGCAUCUACACUGAGCUCUACAUCACAGAGGGACAGAGUGAAGAGGUGAACACCCAACAUGAGGUGAGGCAGCUGGAAACAGCUUCCAAGAAGAAGACCCUCCAUGAGGCUCCCAUCAAGGUCCACGACAUCUUUAGAGCCUCCUCUGACCCACACGGACCCAUCAGACUGGUUCUGACCAACGGCGUUGCUGGCGUUGGAAAAACCUUCUCAGUGCAGAAAUUCACUCUGGACUGGGCCGAGGGCCGGGAAAACCCAGACCUCAGUGUUCUGGUUCUGCUGUCGUUCAGGGAGCUGAACCUGAUCAGAGAUCAGCAGCACAGUCUUCUCACGCUGCUCCGUGUUUUCCAUCCAACGCUCCAGAAGGUCCCAGCAGAGCAUCUCGCUGUCCUGAAGCUUCUGUUCAUUUUUGACGGCCUGGAUGAAAGCAGACUCUCACUGGACUUCAGCCACAGGAAGGUUGUGUCUGACGUCACACACACGUCAUCUGUCAACGUGCUGCUGACCAACCUCAUCCAGGGGAACCUGCUUCCCUCGGCUCUGGUCUGGAUCACUUCCCGACCCGCAGCAGCCCAUCAGAUCCCUCCUACGUGUGUGGACCGGGUCACAGAAGUCCGAGGCUUCACCGACGCCCAGAAGGACGAGUACUUCAGGAGGAGAUUUAGACACAAGCAGAUGUCCAGCUAUCCAGAAAUACGGGGCUUCACCGACACCAAGAUCGAUAAGUACUUCAGGAGGAGACCCAGCCGCGAGCAGAUGUCCUUCAGAAUCAUCUUACACGUCAAGAUGUCCAGGAGCCUCCACAUCAUGUGUCAGAUCCCAGUGUUCUGCUGGAUCACUGCUACGGUUCUGGAGCACAUGUUGACUACAGAGCAGAGAGGAGCGCUGCCCACGACCCUGACGGACCUGUACUCACACUUCCUACUGGUCCAGACCAAGAGGAAGAGGAACAAGUACCAUGAGGGACAUGAGACCAGUCCACAGGAGCUGACGGAGGCUGACAGGGAAGUUCUCCUGAAGCUGGGGAGGCUGGCGCUCAAACAUCUGGAGGAAGGAACCAUCAUGUUCUACCAAGAAGACCUGGAGCAGUGUGGUCUAGACGUCACAGAGGCCUUGGUUCACUCAGGAGUCUGUACUCAGAUCUUCAGGAGAGAGAGUGUGAUCCUCCAGAAAACAGUCUACUGCUUUGUUCAUCUGAGUGUUCAGGAGUUUCUGGCUGCUGUUUACAUGAUGCACUGUUACACCGACGAGAAGGAGGAGGAACUGAAGAACUUCCUAAAAGACUCCAAACACAGAGAUUUUAUCUUUAGAAAGAAUGAACAGUUUUUGGUAAAUAAAAAAACGCAACAUAAUGAUAAGCUUCAUGCUAAAACUUUCUCAUCUCUGGAUGAAUUUCUGAAUGGUGCCAUGAAGAAAUCCCUUCGUAGUCCAAGUGGCCACCUGGACCUGUUUGUUCGCUUCCUUCAUGGCCUCUGUCUACAGUCCAACCAGAGAAUCUUAGGAGGUUUCAUGGGUCACACAGAGAACAGUCAAGAAACCAUCCAGAGAAUCAUCAACAAUCUGAAAAAAAACAGUGGUGAAAUCUCUCCAGACAGAAGCAUCAACAUCUUCCACUGUCUGAUGGAGAUGAACGACCGCUCAGUCCAUAAUCAGAUCCAAGAGUUCCUAAAGUCAAAGAACAGAUCACAGAAGGAACUCUCCUUGAUCCAGUGUUCAGCUCUGGCCUACAUGCUGCAGAUGUCAGAGGAGGUUCUGGAGGAGUUCGACCUGGGGAAGUACAACACAACAAAGGAGGGACGAUGGAGACUGAUCCCAGCUGUGAGAAACUGCAGAAAGGCUCAACUUUCUUGGUUUGGACUCUCAGAGACUCACUGUGAAGUUGUGGCCUCAGCUCUGAAGUCCAACCCGUCACAUCUGACACAUCUGGACCUGAGUCACAACGAACUGCUGGAUUCAUCAGUGAAGGUUCUGUGUGUUGGACUGGAGAGUCCUCACUGUCGAUUAGAGACUCUGAGAUUCAGUGACUGCAGUUUGUCAGAGAUCAGCUGUGAUUUUCUGGCCUCAGCUCUGAAGUCCAACCCGUCACAUCUCACACAACUGGACCUGAGUGACAACAAGCUGCAGGAUUCAGGAGUGAAGCAUCUGUGUGGUUUUCUGGAGAGUCGUCAGUGUCGACUGAAGACUCUGAGAUUGAGAGGCUGCAGUUUGUCAGAGAUCAGCUGUGAUUCUCUGGUCUCAGCUCUGAAGUCCAACCCGUCACAUCUGACAGAACUGGACCUGAGUGACAACAACCUGCAGGAUUCAGGAGUGAAGCAUCUGUGUGGUUUUCUGGAGAGUCGUCAGUGUCGAUUGAAGACUCUGAGAUUGAGGAGCUGCAGUUUGUCAGAGAUCAGCUGUGAUUCUCUGGUCUCAGCUCUGAAGUCCAACCCGUUACAUCUGACAGAACUGGACCUGAGUGACAACAACCUGCAGGAUUCAGGAGUGAAGCAUCUGUGUGGUUUUCUGGAGAGUCCUCACUGUCGACUGGAAACUCUGAGUUUGAGAGGCUGCAGUUUAUCAGAGAUCAGCUGUGAUUCUUUGGUCUCAGCUCUGAAGUCCAACCCAUCACAUCUGACAGAACUGGACCUGAGUGAGAACAACCUGCAGGAUUCAGGAGUAAAGCAUCUGUGUGGUUUUCUGGAGAGUUGUCAGUGUCGACUGAAGACUCUGAGAUUGAUGAGCUGCAGUUUGUCAGAGAUCAGCUGUGAUUCUCUGGCCUCAGCUCUGAAGUCCAACCCGUUACAUCUGACAGAACUGGACCUGAGUGAGAACAACCUGCAGGAUUCAGGAGUGAAGCAUCUGUGUGGUUUUCUGGAGAGUCGUCAGUGUCGACUGGAGACUCUGAGAUUGAUGAGCUGCAGUUUGUCAGAGAUCAGCUGUGAUUCUCUGGCCUCAGCCCUGAUGUCCAACUUGCCACAUCUGACAGAACUGGACCUGAGCGACAACAACCUGCAGGAUUCAGGAGUGAAGCAUCUGUGUGGUUUUCUGGAGAGUCGUCAGUGUCGAAUGGAGACUCUGAGAUUGAGAGGCUGCAGUUUGUCAGAGAUCAGCUGUGAUUCUCUGGCCUCAGCUCUGAUGUCCAACCCGUCACAUCUGACACAACUGGACCUAAGUAGGAACAACCUGCAGGAUUCAGGGGUAAAGCCUCUUUGGGACCUGGGACAAUGGAGAAACAACAUUUGGACCAGAACACAGACUGAAUCUCACACACCUCAGACUGUCCUGACACUAGGGUUGGCUAAUCUAGAGGUUGAUGAGAUGUUCUUUAUCUCUCAGUCUACAGUAGUUUGAUUUAAGGAUGUUUGCAGCUGCUCUUACACAUGCACCGCUGAUCCAGUAGAUGGCGCCACUGAGCUGCUGUUCGAGCGUUGACUGCGUCUUCUAGUAAAAUAAUAAACUGAAGGACAGACUCAAAAUCAUUUUCACAAUAUACUUUUAUUUUAUAAACAAAUUAAUUGAUUGUUCAGUUUUUAUCAUUCAAAAUUUUAAAUUGCAUGAGGUAAAUGGUCUUUAUUGUAGAUUUAUUUAUAAUUCAUAAUGUGCAAUAAUCGAUUUACACACAUUUUACACACUACACUUCUCAUCAGUGUCACUGUAGUUUGUGCCAGAUUAGCUUUGUCUCUGUUCAUUAGUUAAUGCCCUUUGGCCAUAUUUUAACUGUACUCUGAUGUAAUUUUCCUCAAUGUGGGACCAAUAAAGGUGUUCUUAUUCUUA